AUGGCCCCCUCUGCAAUCUCAAACGCUACUAGUAUCCCCGGCGAGCCUGGCAGAGGAAUGGAUAUCCUCAAGAUGAAGGGGGCCGACACGGUCAACCUUGCCGUGGGCGCUGCUAAUGGCAAAAGCACGGUCCCCACCCUGCCGGAUUUCAAGUCCAAGGAGGAAGAACAGAAAUACCACAAGGAACAUCUUGUAGCCGCAUUCCGAGUGUUUGCUGCCAAUGGUUUCGACGAGGGACUGAGCGGACAUAUGUCACUGAGAGAUCCGGUCAACCCAAACACAUUUUGGAUCAACCCGUACACCAUGCAUUUUGCAGACAUCACUGUCUCCGACUUGGUCUGCGUCACGGAAGAGGCAGAGGUCGUCCACGGAAUCCACUCAGUAAACGCUGCUGGGUUUGCCAUUCACUCCGAGAUUCACAAAGCACACCCAUGGAUAAACGCCGUGUGUCACGCUCACUCCACCGCCGGUAAGGCCUACAGUACCUUCGGAAAACCUCUUCCGCCUUUGACGCAGGACUCUCUCAAGUUCUACGGCCGACACAGCAUCUUACACGAAUAUGGAGGUCCCGUGCUAUCUACAGAGGAGGGACAGGCGAUUGCUGGCGUGAUCAAUGACGAUACGAAUAUGGUCAUUCUCCAAAAUCAUGGACUACUAUCUAUUGGGACCACCAUUGAUGAAGCUUGCUACUGGUUUUGCUCCUUCGACAAGUGCUGCCAAGCUCAGUUGCUGAUAGACGCAGCAUCACCUUUCAAUGGCGGCCCCAAGAGGAUCAAUGAGGAGAUUGCAGUCAAGUCUGCAAAGAUUUUGGGUGCGAGGUCCAGGGGCUGGCUCCACUUCCAGGCGUAUUAUACAAAUAUGGUGAAAAAGACUGGCGGGUCAUUCUUACAAUAG